AUGUUUUUAGAAUUCUUGGAGGAGACUGGAGAACAGCCAGGAUCACUCAGGUGGUUUCAAAACUUCCUUGGCUCCUUUGGGCGGGUGGGCGAUGUUGAAGCACCUUCUUUCUCUGAGCGGCACCCUGGAGGUGCGGGAGGAGAGCGGGAAUUGCCGGGUACCCAAGAGGGGCCCAGGCGUCCGGGAAGGGAGGUGCAAGCGCUCCUGCGAGGCGGGCCUUGGGCAGGUGGGGGCGGGCUGAGCCUCGGCUUUUUUGGCAGCCUCACGAGAAGGCAGCGGCAGCGGGAGGACCCGGCGGCUGCUGCGGAGGAUGCGAAGUUUGCCCUGGCUGCUGCUGCCGCUGGUGAGCGGGGGGACCCCCGGGGCUGCGGUGCCGAGGGAGAUACGGGAUGCCCCAGAGACUGGGAUGGUCUAAGUUGCUGGCCAAGAGCUGCUUUUGGGGAAGUGGUUAAAGUUCCCUGUCCAGGAUUUUUUGAAGAAAUCACCAAUAUCCAUGGCACCCUUCAAAGAAACUGUACAGAGGAGGCGUAUUGGUCAGAACCAUUUCCACCUUACACCAUUGCAUGUGGUUUUGAUGAAGGUUCCAGUAAAGCACCUGAGGAUCAGAAAUCAUAUUAUUCUGCGUUUUGGCGUGUCUACACUGCUGGCUAUGCAGCAUCAGUGACUUCACUCAUUACAGCUCUAAUUGUCUUUGCUGCCUUCAGAAAAUUCCACUGUACACGGAAUUAUAUCCAUAUGCACCUGUUUGUAUCCUUUAUCCUGAGAGCAAUUGCUGUUUUCACCAAAGAUGCUGUUUUGUUUGCCGAUGAAACCAUGGACCACUGCCUAAUGUCAACGGUUGCUUGUAAGGCUGCUGUGGCAUUCUUUCAGUUCAGCAUUUUAGCCAACUUCUUCUGGCUGCUUAUAGAAGGCAUAUACCUCCAAACACUGCUUUUGCUGACCUUUGUUUCUGAUAAGCAGUAUGUAUGGUGGUUCAUAUUUGCUGGCUGGGGAGCUCCUACUCUUGUGAUAUCUGCUUGGGUCCUCACAAGAAUCCAUCACCAGAAUACGGGAUGUUGGGAUGAUGAUGAAAAUGGAUUAGUGCUAUGGAUCAUUAAAGGCCCCAUUCUGCUGACUGUAUUAAUUAACUUUAUUAUAUUUAUUAAUGUGAUCAGAAUUCUAGUACAUAAAUUGAAAUCUCAAGAGGGAGGAGGGAGCCAUUCAAGCCACUUUCUGAGACUUGCUAAAUCCACAUUACUUUUGAUCCCUCUCUUUGGAGUGCAUUAUAUUGUAUUUGCAUUUUUCCCAGAAAGCACUGGUCUGGAAGCUCGACUUUAUAUUGAACUGGGCUUGGGUUCCUUUCAGGGCUUUGUUGUUGCUCUCCUAUAUUGCUUCUCAAAUGCAGAGGUUCAAAGUGAGCUCAAGAAGCAGCUGUGUAAAUGGCAGUAUCAAGGAUACUUUAACUUCACACACAAACACAGGACUUUGUCUAGAGAAAACAGUCCAGUCAACUACGUCACUCAAUUAUCGCUGCUUGAAAAAAACAGUCCAAAAAGGAAAAUAUCUGCCUACCAUAAUGGUCUAACUUCUGUCUGAACUUAUCUAGCAAGCUGAGUUGCUGUGAUGUUGCAACAUACUACCUAAGAGAAG